UUAUUAUUAUUAUUAUUAUUUCCGUGCUCGAUCGAGGUUCACAACUCGUCACACGCGAUAUUGCUAUUAUUUCGUGUUUGUAAUGUUUGUAUAUUGUUGUUCGUUGUCGUCGACAUUCGUACACCGGUAACCGUGUCGUUUUGCCCGUCCCGUCGGUUAAUGUUGUGCUGCAAUAAUAGUAUAAUAUUUUAUUGAAAAAUUGGUACGGUAUAACUCGCCCACCUAACCACGCCGUCGACGAGACCACCGCGCCCGUCCACACGCCCCCGCCAACGCCGCCGCCACCGCCACCGUACACCGUAAACCCGUAAGAUAAUAUGACUGAUACAAUUAAAGAACUUUGGCUCAACGCAGAUGCAGUUUGUUUCGAUGUGGAUUCUACAGUUAUUCAAGAGGAAGCAAUUGACGAAGUUGCUAAAUUUUGCAAUAAAGGAUCAGAAGUUCAAAAAUUGACAAGCAGUGCAAUGUCAGGUAAAAUGGACUUUAGAGAAGCACUCUCAGCUCGACUUCAGAUAAUCAAGCCGUCAUUGCAGCAAAUUCGAAAUUUCAUCAAAGACCGUCCGUUUAAUUUGACUCCAGGCAUUAAGGAACUUAUCGGAUUAUUGCAACAAAAGAAUAUUCCCGUGUACUUGAUAUCUGGCGGAUUCCGUGGUCUCAUUGGACCAAUAGCUAUCGAAUUAAGCAUUCCACUACAACACAUAUACGCCAAUAAAUUAAAGUUCUUUUUAAACGGAGAUUAUGCCGGAUUUGAUGAAAAAGAACCUACAUCAAAGAAUGGUGGUAAAGCAGAAGUAAUACAGAUGUUAAAAGAAAAAUAUGGUUAUACAAAGUUGUUUAUGAUUGGAGAUGGAAUUACUGAUUUAGAAGCAUCUCCUCCUGCUGAUGCAUUUAUUGGGUUUGGUGGUAAUGUUGUCCGAGAAGAAGUUAAGUCCAAGUCAAAAUGGUAUGUUGAAAGUUUUCAAGAGCUUAUCGAUACUCUAAAGUGACUUUAAAUGACUUAACAAUUUGUUAUUAUAAUUGUAACUAUUAAGUACUGUGUCUGGACAAUUAUGUACCUUAUUAUAAAUAUAUGAGAUGACAAGCACUA